AGUCGUCCUGGCUCAAGCACCUGUCACGCCACCUGCUCGCUUGAGAGAUGCCAACUUUUGGGUUUGAGUUUGAGUAUGCCAAGAGCGCCCGCUCAGCCUGCAAGCAAUGCAAGGAGAAGAUUGAGAAGGACACUUUGCGUGUGGGGUUGAAGGUCGUCACAGACCCGGGUGAGGAGGCUGACGCAGACGCCAGGAAGAAGGCCCAUGCCAUGGAAUCUGCGAAGUGGCAUCAUCUAGGCUGCUUCCCACGCAUCAAGGGCAAGACCUGGUUCCGACAACAUCUGCCUGAGGAGCCGUUGAGUAUUGCUGGCUUCGACGCCUUGAAGAAAGAAGACCAAGCGGAGGUGAAGCUGAUGCUGAGCAGCUGCCGUGGUGAGGAACCAGCUCCUGAGCCUACCGAGACGCCGAAGGGCAAGAAGAGGGCCGCCUCGAAGGAGCCCAAGUCAUCCAAGAAGUCCAAGUUCUUCGCCAAGGAGAACGAUGCUGUGAGUGCUUUGAGCACUGAGGAGCAGCAGUCCAUAGAGGCUGUUAAGGUGGAACUGGCGAAGAAGAACGUCGCGGCCUUGGGGGCCAUGCUGGCGCAGAAUGGCCUGCCAAAGAGCGGCCGCAAGGAUGAGCUCUUGGAGCGGGUGGCGGAGGCCAAGGCGCUGGGCGUGCCGCCAACGUGUCCGCUGUGCGAGAAGCAGAAGUUGAGAUUCUCCAAGGUCACAGGUACCUACAGCUGCCCUGGCUUCUUUGAUGAUGAGGCCAAACACUUUAGGAAGUGCAAGGGCCCUGGCGAGGACGCUGAGCUGGUGCGCACCACCUGGCAGGAGCUUGGCGCUUGAGACGAUUUGACAAGGGGGGGACCUUCCAGUCUACGUGGCCCUUCGAGUCUGUGUAGCUGGACGUGGGCGCAUGACUGCUGCCCUGGGGAGUG